AUGGGUAGUCGCGAGGGGUACGGCAGCGGCGGCGAGCUUCCUUUCAUGUCCUCCCGCGCCCGCUCGCAGCGCCGCGAUCUGGAUUCUUGCUCCUUCCUCGAACCUGGGAACGAGUUCUCUCGGCGUCCGUCGCUGCUGAAUGACAACCUGGAUGGCGGCCGCCCCAGCCAUGAGUUUGCUCGGCGGCCGUCCCUUCUCAGUGAUAACAUGGACCCCUUCCGAUCCAGUGCACGAGUGGGGCCGUCCUUGUCAUCACUGACGGGGUCGUCACUGGACCCAGUGGACGCGGCUCUCUCGCAGCCCGCCCUCUCAGGCCACCCCAUGCGCGCGCCCACGCCCCUCGAUGCCGCUGCCACCGGCGUCUCAGGCACAGGCGUUGCCGCCGCCACUCGCUCUGUGGAGCGCUACAUGUCGUACCUCUCUGGCGCCUCCUCCCGCCGCCCUGCUGCCUAUGCCCCGCCCUCAGCCCUCGCCAUUCCGUCUGUUGCCGCACCCUCGGGGAGCGCCCUCAGUCCCACGAGUGAGCCCGAGGGCAACAUGCGGCGGCACCGCAGCAGGCGCAGGGCCAUGCAGGAGGACAGGCUGGGCCACCUCGCUGGCAGAACGCACAUGCAGCACUCGCGGUCGGCCAACGCGUGUGAGCGCGGAUUCAUGAGUGGCGGCGAGGGGGGUCCGGGGCGGUACGAGCGCAUGUCCAUGCUGAGCGGUGCUGUGAGCGAGUCGGAGGGCGCGGUCGCCAUGACCACACGCGCUGCCGCCUACCUCAUGCGCCACACACCCCCCUCUGGCAGCGUUGAAACCAGUCCCGAGGCAGCGCAGGCAUACCGGUCGAGGUCAGACAAGAGGAUGGGGUCGGCAGCUGCAGCAGCCGUGGCGGCUGUCAGCUCCUCCGGCUACGACUCGCCCACCCCGCCCUCCUCUGCUGCUACACUCGCGGCAGGGGCAGGGGGGAUGGGUGCAGUGGGGGGGAUGCAGGCAGCGGCAAUGGGAGGGCCAGUACCGCCAGGCGCAGGGAGGUCGGAUGGCAGCAUGUCGGACCACUCAUUCAUGUCAGCGCGAACCAGGGCGUCCCUGGCGCCCAUGCACAGACGCUCCUUCGACAACUCCUCCUCCCACAGUCAAUACCGGCACAACACUGUGGGGUCAGAUGUUGAGGACUCCAGGCAACUCCCGCCCAGCUCAACACUGGGUGGGGAUACAGCAGCAUCCAGUUCCGCGUCACUGGCAGCAGGCGCGCCACCAGGGGGGCUGGCCCCCACGCCCCCUGUGGGCCCCUUUGAGCCCGCGCCCCCUCUCGUGCGCCGCCGCACCUACUCUGCUGCUGACGGCUCGGCAGAGGUCUCGGCGGCAGGCAUGGAGCAUACCCGUGUCCAUUCGCUCCUCCUAACGCCCCUCACCGCUCUGCUUGCAUGGCUGGGUGCUUCCAGGAAGGUGCGGGAGUACAAGGAGGCGAUUCGCAGGGACAGGAGGGCGUUGAGAGUGGAGACAGCGGCGGCAGCAGCGGGGGACCAGCCGCUCACGGCGGAUGGCACCGACCCCUCCACUGCUCCCUCGCCCCUCCCCCCCACCUCCUCCACCUCCGUCUCUGCUGCGCCCUUCUCCUCUGUCCUGGUCGGUGCCCAUCCCUUCCUUGGUCCACCGCCUCCCCCUCUGUCGCCUCUCCUGCCGUGCCAUGGCAGCCCUGUGCAUGUGUCCACAACAUCUCCUCGCUCUCCUGGAUGCACCAGAUCCUGCAAGCGACCUCUUUUCACCGCAUCCUUCCCACUAUCCCCUUUCCCAUGUACCCUCUUCCAAGUCCGCACUGCCAUAUCCCUUUCCCCCAUCUUUUUUCCAACCUGCUCCUUUCACUCUCCCCUCUCUUCCCUCCCACGUGCCCUGCCCUCCUCGUCUCCCGCCCAGCGUGUGUGUCCCACAUGCCACCAGCACUGGCCGCUCACCACAGCACAGCUCUCCCCUGCCGUCCCCGCCACUGCUGCCACCACCCCCUCCACCGCCACCACCCCCGCUGCUCCUCCCGCCGCCGCUGCUGCCCCGUCACUCUCCCGUGACUCCAGUGGCGGGGGGCCGGGGCACGCGGGAGGAGAGGAACCGCGUGCAGGGGAGGGUGGGGGGGCGGAAGCAGGGGUGGUGAGGGCGGAAGAGGGGGAUGUUGGCGGCACAGGUGGGGGUGCAAGGACUGGUGGGGAGGGUGGGGAGGAGGGUGGUGAGGAAGAGAGAAAGUUGAGGGAGGGGCAAGGAGAGGAAAUUACAAGAGUGGAUGGGGAGGAAAGGUCCAGAGAGGAGGGCGAGGGGAAGGAGGCCGGUGGGGAAGAUGGAUGUGCGGCGGAAAACGAUGGGGAGGGGAAAGGUGCGAGGGAAGUAGGUCGGGAAGAGAGGUGUGGGGAGGAAAGAGGUGGUGAGGAGAGGAAUGGAAAGGAGAAAAAUGGGGAGGAGAGGGAUGGGGAGGAGGGAGCAAUGGCGCAGCAAGGUCGCGAUGCAGAGGGCUCUCAGAAGCCAGGGGCAGAGGGGAAGGAGACAGGGUCGUUUGGGGAGGUGUUCAGAGCGGUGUGGAGGGGCACGGAGGUGGCGGUGAAGCAGCUGUUGGUGCAGGACGACCCAUCACCGGAGGAGUAUGAGGACUUCUACAACGAGCCGCCGCAGGUGUGCAUGGUGACGGAGUACAUGCACAUGGGGUCGCUCUACCGCAUCAUCCACUCGCGCGAGCCCGGCCAGGGCGGCGAGUCGCUCAGCUGGAAGCGCCGCUACAAGAUGCUCAGAGAUAUCUGCAGCCAAUAUGCCCAAUCCUCAGCACCCACAACUCUCUGUUCCUACACCCCCCACUCUCUCUUUCCCUCUCGUCUGCCGUCCACCCACGCUCUCUCCCUCUCCCCUCCCCACGGCACCACCAGGGGCAUGCUGUGCGUGCAGCGCAUGAGCAUAGUGCACCGGGACCUCAAGUCCGCCAACUGUCUGGUGGACAAGCACUGGUGCGUCAAGAUCUGUGACUUCGGCCUCUCGCGCCUGGCGCCCGACGGGCUCGUGCUGGGGCGCACGGCAGCGGGCACGCCCGAGUGGAUGGCGCCCGAGCUGCUGCGCAACGAGCCGUGCUCCUUCAAGUGCGACGUGUUCAGCAUGGGCGUCAUCAUGUGGGAGCUUGUCACUCUGCGCCGGCCCUGGGAGGAAGUUAAGAACCCGCUCGAGGUGGCAUACGCAGUGGCGCAUCGCAAUGCACGCCUGCCUGUGCCGGACGGCAUGCUAGGCCAGCUCAUAGCAGGUCGUGCUGCCGCGGGGGGUACUCGCUCUGGGGGUGCUCAGCCGGGUGCUGUCGAGGGCGGAGCAGGUUCUUCUUCGUCGUCUCCUCACGCUACUCCUCCUCCUCACCCUUACCCGACUCGCCACCAGGCCCGUCUUCGUCUUGAGCGCGAGGAGCAGCAGCGUUUGGAGCGUGAGAGGUUGGAGCUUCAGCAGCGGGUGGAGAGUGAGAGGUUGGAGUUGCAGCGGGAGCAGCAGCAGCAGCAGCAGCAGCAGCAGCAGCAGCAGCAGCAGCAGCAGCAGCAGCAGCAGCAGCAGCAGCAGCAGCAGCAGCAGCAGCAGCAGCAGCAGCAGCAGCAGCAGCAGCAGCAGCAGCAGCAGCAGCAGCAGCAGCAGCCGCAGCAGCCUCCGCCCCUGUUUCUGGCCUUCGGGCCCUUGGUCUCCCCUCCUCUCCUCCUGUGUUCGGUCCUACGACAGACAGUUUGA